UUAAGGAGCAGCGCGAGAUUUUACAGCUGGCUUUUCUGACUGUCUGUUGGUUUAUUUUUGAUAACUCACGUCACACUUACUGUCUUUUUAUUACUGCCUAGAGCGUAAUAGUUAGAAAUUGUUGUCAUCGUCUCUUUUGGAGCAUUUCAUACACGGUUAUGGAGCAGUUGAUUUGUUUAGCUGUUUUGGCAGUGGCGUCUGUUUGCAUGGUUGAUGCCAGUUGCCCAGCUGUAUGUAAAUGCCCUCCAGGUCGUCCAGUGUGCCCCGCUGGCAUAAGCUUGGUUUCGGAUGGUUGCGGCUGCUGUAAGGUGUGUGCUGCCCAGCUCAACCAGGACUGCAGUACCCACAAGCCCUGUGAUCACCAUAAAGGCCUGGAAUGUAAUUAUGGCAACGAUGUGAUGUUUGGAACAGGUGUAUGUCGAGCCAAACUGGAAGGCCGCACCUGCGAGUAUAACGGCAGAAUGUACCAGAAUGGUGAGAGCUUCAGUGUGGGCUGUAAACACCACUGUACUUGUAUCGAUGGAGCAGUGGGUUGUGCACCUCUCUGUACCACCAGCCUGCCCCUGGCAUCACCUUCGUGCCCUUACCCUCAUCUGGUGCGGAUCCCUGGCCAGUGUUGCUUCAGCGUGGACUGCCACAAGGGGGAGAUAGGGCCAGUGGAGCCCACAUGGAAAAGAAAGCAGCAUGCUAAUGGUCAUCUGGAUAAGGGAGAGAACAGGCUGUGGAAUGGACUUCUGGAAAGGGAGAGAGGAUGGGAGGAUGAACAAGGAUAUAAACACUUACCAGAUUGGAGCCGUGUUCAGAUGCAGUGUGUGGUCCAAACCACUGAUUGGUCACCGUGUUCAAGCAGCUGUGGAAUGGGUGUCUCAUCCCGAAUAACUAAUGACAACACUCAGUGCAAGCUGGAAAAGGAGACCCGCCUCUGCAACAUACGUCCCUGCAGCUCACUGGCUCUUCCUACUAAGAAAGGAAAGAAGUGUACGCGCACCCACAAGUCUCCAGAACCCUUUCACAUGACCUACACAGGCUGCCGCAGCGUUCGCACCUACCAGCCGAACUACUGUGGGGUGUGCACUGACGGGCGGUGUUGUGUGCCAAGGCACACACGUACCAUCUCAGUGCCCUUUCUGUGCCCUGGAGGAGGCCGCAUAGAAAAAGCCGUCAUGUUUAUCCGGUCCUGCAAGUGUGGACAAGACUGUGGGCACCUGAACGAAGCAGCCAUGCCACCACAAAAGUGGCUCUAUGGAGACACACACAAGUUCAUUGACUAGUUCGGUCUUUAUUCAUCAGCAAUGGCUGCACAGACUUCUGACAUGCCACUUUAUACUGGCAACAAUUGACUGUUUUGUGACGAGAGUGCACAAUGCAGUUGCACUGAGACUGUUGAUGUGUCUCUGAAAGAGAGGCUGUAGUGAUGCACAGGAAAAAAUUAUGGCUAGAUGGACUUUUUUGGAUGUACAUGGAAAGUCCUCAUUCUUUGCCUGGCAAGUAUGGCUAAGAGUUCUGAUGAAGACAGCAGAUAUGAAUGAACAUGUUGAUUUGAUUUGACUAAUAUAUUAUCUACAACCCCAAUUCCAAUGAAGUUGGGACGUUGUGUAAAACAUAAAUAAAACCAGAAUACGAUGAUUUGCAAAUCCUUUUCAACCUAUA